AUGGAAACCAGUUUGCACCAAUCCUUCUCAAACCUCUUAGCCUGGUCAGAAACUAGCCCUACAAGCACUUGCUCAACUGCUUAUGGCAUAAAAGAAGUGCUGAAAAUGAUUUAUGAAGAUCGAAUUCAUAUAAUAAGCCCUGAAAUCUCAAAUGGAUAUUCUCCCGCCAUUGAAGAUGAAACAUCAGGUGUCUUAUUUUACAUCUCAGCUAUAAAUCAAUCACUUGAGAGUGAUGGAUACACGCUUAAAAAACCGCUUGUUGCAUUUUGGGAAUCAAAAAUUCCCAGCCAAGUUUCAGAAUCUUCUAAAGCAAUGCAGCUAGAAAAUUCACUAUGGCAGAUGAUGGUGAUUCUUCCAAAAAAUCACACAUCUAUUAAUGGAAAUUCUCUUGAAAGAACCGCAGAAGCAGCAUUUUUAAUAGACUCGUUCGGGUUAGAUUUGCAAAUGCCGAAACUUAUUAAAUAUUUGAUACAAAAUGAAAUUGAAAUUAGGAUUCCUAGAGAGAAUAGCCCUGCCUUGAAAUUCGGUGGUCUCUUUCCAGGUGUAAUAUACAUUAAAAUGGCGACACGUGUCAACCUGCACUCUAGGCGCAGCAGUCCAGACCUUAUGGCUACGGCGAACUCCCUCCGAGCUGGCAAUCAAGUGCAGGCUCAAGAGGUGUGUAUCCAGGUAGGUUUUGACUGUUUUCCUGUGGUUGGAAAUUGAGGUGCUCAACAGGGUUCUUUGGAUCUGAGGACCUAUUGGCAUUCCUCUACCGAGAAAGCGGGCUUUAAGCACAGGUCACCUGCAACAGUCUUUUCCCUGUAGUUGCGAAGGAAGGCACUUUGACAUCUCCAGGGAUCCCCGGAAUCAAGCUGCUCCAAUCAUCCGUAGCAGCAUAUAUCCAUAAGCCGCUCACUCAAAAUUGAAGCUGUAAGGAGGAGACAGAAGGUACCGAAAUGGCACUCGCUACAGGGAUAGACUCUCUGGGCUUGAGUCGAAAAGUGGUAGAAUCUCCCAUACGGGAUGUCUUUGGUGACUGCGCCACCAAUAUGGCUAGCGCCUACUUUUAAUAAUAAUUCUCUUUCCUGGCGUAAAUAUUGAAGAAAAAAGCCUUAAGCUUCAUGAGCAUCCUCAUGAAAGCGGACUGUGGUGUGUUUUCAAUGCAGUUAUGUUGAUUUCAAGCGGAAACAAUGAUUUUUUAGAGCCCUUUAGUAUGUAUGACCCAUGCUUUAGUUUAAAGCUGAGAGCUAUUCUAAACACAUAUAAUAUCAAAUUAGACAUGAGUCCAAAAAGCCCUCUUCCUGAGUCGAAUUAUGACUCAAACGAGAUUGAAAUUAUUAAUAUAGAAAUCCGCUCUGCAUUGAUUUCUGAAAUCUCAGGCUGGGGAAUGCUUGAAAAAGAAAUGAAAUUCGUCCAAAAACAUUUAAAAAUCCAUCAACUUUGCACUGUUUGAGAGUAUCAGCAAUCAAACUUAUGAGGAGAAGCCAAAAAAUUUAUUAAAAAAAUUAAUAUUCAGCUGAGCAAUAAAGGCUCUUCUUCAUGAAGUCUUAAACUUAAUUACAAAUCAAGCACACCAAAUCGUCCACCAAAAAUUCAAAGUAUAACACCUCCAACAAAUCAAACAAUCAUGACGGCUAGACUUGAUAGCAAUUUGUCAAUUAAUAAUGGAAAAUUUACAAGGGCAGUUAAGAAUAAAAGCUUUAUUGAUAAAUCAUUACUCAUAAAAGAAAUUUUAACUAAUGGCGCCCUCAAUACACUCAUAGUGCGUCCCCAAAAAUUGGGGAAAACCCUUAACAUGAACAUGCUAAAAUCUUUUUUCCACCCAAAAUAUGAUGCUUAUGGGAAUUUUAAAAAAUUGUAUUUGUUCACCGGCGGCAAAGAUAACAUUGAUGUCAACAACUUGGACAAAACAAAAUGUUUGAAUAUAAUAACUGAAGAUAAUGGUUAUUAUUACAAAAAUUUUGCAGGGAAAAUUCCGAUUAUUUUUCUAACUCCCCACCUCCGUGAGCGAACAAAAAAAUCUUGUUCUCUCUUUAUAUAUAAAUUUUAUAAGAAAAAUUUUUAAUUCGAAAUUUAAAAAAAUCCCACUUCCCAAAAAUUUGAGUUUAAAAGUUUUAAAACAAUUCGACAAAAAAUAAUUUUCUAAUAUUUUUGUUCGCUAACGGAGGUGGGAAGUAAAUUUUUCCAUAAUAUUUGAAAGAAUUGACAAUGAGUCUGCAGAGAAUUAUUUACACAAUGCACUUUCAGAAGUAAUUAAAAAUGCAUACUUGGAAUACUAUCCAGAGUAUUUGGAAUCCUUGGAAAAAAUUAUAAAAGAAUAUGUUUCAGUAAAUCCAAAUGUUUUGAUAAAUAUUAAAGAUAAAGAUAUAUCAGAACUAGAAAUGAUUAUCGACACAUAUAAACUAACUUUGCCAUCACACGUUAAAUUGUUUAGAAAAUACAAAGAUGAUAGCUCAUCAAUAAUGGAACCUACGGCUGUGCCUAAUCUUGCUAAGUUUGCUCAUAAAUUUUACAAAAAGCAGGUAAUUAUUAUUAUGGAUGAUUAUGAUACCCCACUUAUUCAAGUAAUAAAUACUCCUUAUGAAAAGGCUGCUUUAAGAAUAAUAGGUAAGUUUAUGGACCCAAUAUGCAUAGAAGCCCUUGAUUGCAUUUUUAAAGUGAUAAUGGUAGGGAAUAUACCUAUUAAAGGAAAAGGACUUCCAUGACUAAGAUAUGUUAAUAUAUAUACAGUUCAAGAUAUAGAAUAUUCCCGAUUUUUUGGCUUCACAGAAUCAGAGGUAAAUACUCUAAUCGAGAAAAACUUGCAGAGUAAUUCAGAGAAGGACGUGCUAGAGCAAAAAGGAUUAAUUAAGCUGUGAUACAACGGGUAUAACCUUUGUGGAGAAAAAAUUUACAAUCCUCACUCUAUAAUAAACUGCAUAAAUAAAGGAAAAACUCAAAAUAGCAAUCCUCUCCAGCCUUAUUGAAUCUUUGCUUAUGACCUUAAUCCACUAGUUCCAGCAUUUAAUGCCCUACAAUCUUAUGAUGAAUUGUUUGAAAUAAUGAGAACUGGCUAUCUUGAAUUGCCAAGAGAAAUUGACAGAUACAUAAACUUGUCAUUAGAUUUCAACAGCACACAAAAUUUUUUUACUCUAUUGUUACAUGCUGGCUAUUUAACACCAUAUAGCACAACUAAAAUGGAAGAGAAAAGCCUUGCGACCACUUGAAUAUAUGUAGUUCCUAAUAGAGAAAUAAAAAAGCAUUUUUACAACACGCUACUUUUAGAAUGAAUUAGUAGAAAAUUAGGCUCAGGAAAAGUCAAUAUUGAUAAGAUAGUUAAUGAGUUUGACACCAGCUUAGAUAAUAAAUUUGAGUUCCAAAAUCUUAUCCAAUCAAAGAUUCUUGAUGAAAUGGUGGAUAAAACUAGUAAAACAGAGGCAGACUUUCAAAUCUUACUAGGGGGCAUAGCGAUGCUGGCCUCAAUUAUGACAAUAAAUUCAAAUUACAUAUUACAUUCAGAAGCACCAAAUAAAUUUAGGAAGAAGGUUGAUGGGAUUUUCAUCCCUACCAAACACAAAAAAACUAGUGUUAUCAUUCAUGAGUAUAAGAAGAUUGAUACAGCUGAUACUAGUUAUGCCAAGGAAAAAGCGGAGGAUGCCCUUUGGCAGAUCUAUGCAAAGCAAUACAUGAAGAUUGCUUUUGAUUUGCGUGAUAGUGAUAGGCAUUAUAGAUAUUUUGACAAAAUGAUAGUCCGUGGUAUUAUUUUUUUCAAAGCUCAAUACGGUGAGAAUUGAAAUAUGCUGAUUAAAGAGCACUCGUUCGACUUCAAUAAUGCUUUAAAAAUAAAUGAAGUUUUUACUUCAGAUGAAGGGGGAAUAUUGGCUGGAUCAGCCGUGUUGUGUGGAGAAAGUGGGUCGCAAAGUGAUAAGCUUGAAGCAAGGAGGUCUCUCGGUGGAGAAAGAAUUAGCAAUCUGAUUAAAAAUAUUACUGGCGACAGUGAAGAAGAAACCCUAAUAAUGAAACGCAAACUUGACCCUGAUAAAAUUAAACCAAAUAAAAAGCCAAAACUUCGGGAUAAUUAA